AUGGCAACGCGCUUUGUCAAUGUUGGACGAGCUCUGCGAGGCGAAGUUGGAGCCGGGAAUAUUCUCCUUUACAGGAAUGGGGACAUGCUGGUCGUGGACGAAGUCCACGGGUUCGCCCUAGUCAGCUACAAUGCUGCAAUCAGCGCGUGCGAGAAGAGCAGGCAGUGGGAGGUGGCGCUGGUCUUGCUUGAAGGGCUGCGGGACGUUAAAGUGGAGCCCAAUACGACUCCCCUACAACGCCGCGAUCAGCGCUUGCGAGAAGAGCGCGCAGUGGCAGAUCGCAUUGUUACUGCUCGUCAUCUUGGCGGAGGUACAACUGCAGCCUGA